AUGGCUAAUAAAUCUAGACCUAAAAAGGUAAAGGCACCAUAUAGGAAAUAUGUUGGUGGUCAAGGUUUUGUUCGUGUUGUAGAGUUCAGCACUGCAAAUGGGAAUAGUUAUUCCCAAGGUGUGGCAUAUAGUGAACAAAUAUCUUCAACUACUUUGGAAGAUGAGUUUUCAGAUAAUGAUUACGAUGAAGAGGGAAAUAUAAUAGAUUUGUCGAAGAAGAAAAAAGGUAAAGCAACAUCUUAUAGGAAAUCAGAAUCUCAAAAAAAAUUAGCCAAUGCCUCAAAAGAAGCCAGUACUUUACUAAAGAAUAUGGAAUUAUUGAAUAUAGAAGCUGAACCGAUGGCACUACCGCUGGAGAUACAAAAAAUGGUCAUUGAUUAUUGUGAUAAAAUAACUAUUAACUUUUUAUUAGUCUGCAAAAUUUGGUAUUGGAUGUGUUUACCAUACAUAUACGAAACUCCGUUAUUAACAAGUAAAAAUUUUAAUAAAUUUGUUGAUACUUUAGUGCUUAAAAAGAAGAGAAAGUUUGGUGAUUAUGUAAAAUCACUUAACCUAUCUACUAUUAUGCAAAGUGGUAAAAAUUCAUUUGUUUCAAAAAUGCUUCGACGUUGUUCUUCUAAUUUAGAAAUAUUUACAGCACCACAAACAAGUUUCGGUUAUGCUCCUUUAAUAUCAUUAAAAUCAUGUCAUAAAUUAAAAUAUUUAGAUUUAGGAUUAGUUUCAGAGACCGUUAAACUAAAGGAUCUAUUCUCUGCUAUAAGUAGUUUCAAAGAGUUGACACAUUUAUCUUUUCCGAGAAGUUCCAUAGACUGUGAAGGUUUUGAAGAUUUCCAGUGGCCAUCAAAUUUGAAAUACGUUAAAUUGAGUGGUGGUGUUACCAAUGAAUUUGUUAGAGGCACUCAAUGGCCCAGGACUAUCACUACGUUAGAAUUUUCUUUUUGUCCGAGAGUCGAUGAGCACGCAAUCUAUACCGUUUUAGCACAAAUUGGAGAUAAUUUGAAACAUCUUCUGUUUCAUUAUCCUAUGCCUGCAUUAAAUGAAAAUUCACUUGAUUAUGUGUUCCGAUAUUGCUCAAACUUGAUAUCAAUUCAGCUAAUGGUAGAUUAUUGUUCCAAAUGGGCAUUUGCAGAAUAUAUGUUAACUCCGUUGAUAUACCAAAGACCUUUAAAAACAAUAUAUUUGGAAUGUAGUGGCUCUUUAGGUAUGGCAUCUAAGAUCCAUCCUGAUGAUUUAACCAUAGCAAUCAUGGAAUCGAGACUUCCUUGUUUGAAAAACAUUUCAGUGUCAUCCAGAUUAGGGUGGAAUAUGCGUAGUGAGGACGUGGAAGAUCUUGUCUCUGUUCUUGAAGAUCAAGAUGGUGGUCUAUAUCUAAAUUAUUAA